AUGUCUGUUAGUGCCGAAUCGUUGAUUCCGUCGUUCCCAGGGCCGCUCACUCGGCUCAACGGCGUAAACGGUUACUCGGCCAAGACGCAGAAGAAGUUGAUGAAUGGUGACACCGACACGAGAGACAGUUUGUCGCCUGCUUUUUUCAUUCCAUACGACGUUCUCACGACGGCCCUUCCACUGCCUGCCCCUAGCUCUUCCACGGCAUUCUGGUGGCGAGAAACUGGUCCGUUGAUGAGCAAGCUUCUUUCGAAGGCAAACUAUCCCUUGUAUACCCACUACAAGUACCUGCUUCUUUACCACACCCACAUUCUGCCCCUGCUUGGGCCACGCCCACCGCUCGAGAACUCUGGCCAACCAUCCACGGCUAAUGCACCUUGGCGAUCUUUCUUGACCGACGACUUCUCCCCACUCGAGCCCAGCUGGAAUGUGAACGGAAAUGCCGAGUCCCAAAGUACAAUUCGACUUGGCAUUGAGCCCGUCGGUUUCGAUGCAGGCUCAGCCGCAGAUCCAUUCAACCAAGCCACGGUCAUGCAGUUCAUGCACUCGUAUGUCGCAUCAGAAGUCGGUGCAACUUUGUCCAUGUUCGAACAUUUCCGUGCCGAGCUUUUCGUGUCCCCCGAUGUACACCCUCAAUUUCGAGACAAACUCCCAAGUGGCGAACACACCACACAGAGCUUCCUUGCAUUCGAUCUAGACGCGGGUGGUGUGACAACCAAAGCCUAUUUCUUUCCCAUUUUGAAGGCGCUCAGCACCGGACAGAGCACCACGAAAGUGAUUUCGGACUCGAUUCUGCGGCUGGCAAGGAAAAGCAGUCUAUGGGGUCCUCAAGCGAUCGCAGCUUUGUCCGUGCUUGAGGCGUGGAUGGCAAGCUUCAAUGGGGCAGCGAAGGCAGAAAUGAUCAGCGUCGAUUGUGUGGAUGAAGCUGAGUCUCGAAUCAAGAUAUAUGUACGCAUACCUCACACCGCGUUGCGGGAGGUGAAAGAGGCGUACUGCCUUGGGGGUCGCUUAACGGACGAGAACACCACCGAAGCUGUAACGCUGCUGGACGAGCUGUGGAGAACAACCUUUGACGUCACGGACGAAAAUGCAGAGCUGCCGCAGAACAACCACCGGACAGCGGGAACAAUCUUCAAUUUCGAGCUGCGGCCGGGCAAAUGGUUUCCGGAGCCCAAGGUGUAUCUGCCUGUCAGGCAUUAUUGCAAAAAUGAUAUACAGAUCGCUGGGCGACUGCAGAAGUUCUUUGGAAAGUUGGGAUGGAAUCAGUUGGAGCGGGGAUAUUCCAAAGAUCUCGAAGAUUUGUUGUAA